GAAUCCAAUAUAAUUAUUUAAACCUAGGUUAUUUUCUCCUCUCCUCGCUGUUUCGCCGAUUCUUUUCCCACUUCCCCCGAUCCACCGCACCACCCCUCUUCUUCUCCUCUUCAUCGCCGUCAACCACCGACAGCGAGAUGCUGGUUGCCGCCGGCCCCUUUCCGGUCACCCUUGCCUCCCCUUUGUCGAAGAUUUCGGUGCGGGAAGCCCGAAGUCGACGCCCUCUCGUGCCCUAGUCUCGAGCCACAACUGCCUCUUCGUCGCCAGCCCUCUCCGGCCACGAGCAAGAAGCUGUCGGAGAACAUUGAUGACAUCCGCGUCUAUAUCCCAGGGCCUUCACAGCGAAUAAUCGGCCGCCACAGCAUCCUCUACUCGGCAUCGCCGUCACCGGAAGGGCUGAGACGACGCCGGAGAUCUGCGUUUGUUUCUUUCCCCACGCUUGCGUCCCCGUGCAGCUACUGCUGCUGCCAUAAGCGAAGUCAUCGCUGCCUGUUCUUCCUCUCAGAGCCGAUCCUUCUCUUCUUCGGCAGCCGCAGCCACCACGGCCAGCCACAACCGUGGCCAGCUUCGCGACCACCAGCAUCCCUCAUUUGAUCUCAUCACCAGUCACCUGCCGUGAGGAUUCCACCACCGCCGGAGGAGGAGCUAAUGUACAGGGUAGUAUUGAAAGAACACUUGGUUCAAACUUUGUUUAGAGAUGAGUAUGAUCUAUUACAUGAAGAUUAUCAGCUUUAUCUUCUUCCAAGCAUUUUGGAAUCCAAAAAGUUAGCUAAAUCUGGACAAGCGAAACAAAAGUAUGCAGAUUUGGAAUAUAAUGUCACAAAACAAGUUGAGAAGAUGAUAAGAGUUUGUGAGGCGAAAUCUAUGUCGGAGGAGAAGGUAAGUAUUAAGUUUUUUACAAACAUAAGAAAUUUAUUGCACGUAUCUUGUUUCUAUAUGUUACAAUAUUUCUCUUGUUAGUUUAAGUAAUCUUGUUAGAACUGAAAUGUUUUGUUUGUUUGUUUAUUUCAAUAUCUCUUGUGAAUGUCAUACUUGUUUCUACAUAUUAUAAUUAUUUUUCUUGUUAGUUUAAGUAAAUAUCUUUCUUGUUAGAAAUGAAAUUUUUGUUUGUUUGUUUGUUUGUUUGUUUUGAUGCAGGAAAAGAAGAUUGGAUUGAGAAGAAGUUUGUUAGUUUAAGUUUUUUUGUGUAGUUUAUUGUGAACUUAACUUGUUCGAUGUGUAUUUUGUCAUGACCUGUAUGGAUUUUUAUGGUACUUUGUUGUAUGGUACAACAAACUUUGUGGUAUGAAACUUGUAUGUAUUUGAUAUGUUAGUUUAAGAUUUGAUAUCAUUUUGUAGAUUUA